AUGCCAGAAGGAGCUGAAGGGGAAAAUGCCAAUAAGCUCAAAGUUUUAUCUGCCGGCGACCCAAUAGAGUUCAAGAGAGAAGGGCUUCUACAGUUUGUGUAUCAAGUAUCAAAUAACUUGAUCGAGGACCAAGACGAGGUGAUUGACGAAGAUGGGGAUGAGAGUCAAGAUUAUGACGAGAUGGGGGUGAGAACGAUACGAAUAUUUAGGGGCUUUUGUCUCCCUCUGAGCGUGUGGAAGGAGUUCAUCUCUCAGACGUUGAAGCAACCCACCGGCAAGGCGUUUCUGGAGAACCUAUUUGAGGCAGCUGCCAACACCCAGUCUCUUGACAUUUGUGAGACAUUGCUCGAAAUAGGCGCUGAUCCCAAUAGGCUCAUCAUGACAGAAUCAUGUCAUGUUCAGCGACCUAUUCAACUGGCUGUCGAAUAUUGGGUUGGUAACGAAGAGUUUCUACCGCUUUUAAUUCGUUUCGGAGCAGAUGUGAAUCUGGUUAGCGGCGAGGAAGACUCAUGCCCCGCACUCUUCAAGGCGGCAAAAGAACACACACUACAGUCUGUACAGGCAUUGGUAAAUGCCGGAGCAAAUCUUUGGGCUUCAAUUGAGCACGAGGAGGUGAUGUAUACAGCUCUUGCGGCGGCUGUUGAAUCCGACUGGAGACACUCACAUGAGUCAGACGACGAUGAAGAAGAACAGGAGGGGAGCUGUUGCAGACGCGGGGUCGAAAUCCUAAAAUAUCUCCUACCCAACUACGAUAGAGAGGAUGAUCAUGAGAUGAUACAGAGUGCCCUAGUCAUGGCUGCCACGCGCGGGCGAAAAGACUUGGCAGCAAUUCUUCUAGACGCUGGUGCAGAUGCGAACGAGGCAUCUGUUCAGGGGUAUACGCCGCUCAUCUGUGCCGUGCACCACUCCUACAAAGCUCACAUGGUGUCAAUGACUCAGCUUCUCCUUGAUAACGGUGCUGAUCCUAAUAUGGGGACUUAUGAGUCAAGGGGCAUUGAUAUGGGUCCCAUCCAUAUUGCAGCGUCCAAAGGAGGAGAGGAAAAGAUGCUGGCACUGCUUCUCAGUUAUGGGGCUGAUAUGAACGCUCCGGCAUAUUCAGCUACAAACACCGAGGCAUCCCAAUGCUGGGAUUCAGAGGGCGGUGACUCGGAUUGUGGAUCGUAUGGGAACGGAAAGGGGAGCAGGACCGCCCUCCAGCUUGCUCUAGUGCCCUCUUCUUCGAGCUAUAGGGCCAAAUCCAGUAGCUCGGCUCUGCUUUUACUUCGAGCUGGGGCGAAUCUUACGGGCGGUGAAUUUGCCUCGGCGGCAGCGUUCAAUAGCAUCGAACUGAUGCAAGAACUUGUACGUCGUGGCGUUGAUGUCAAUGAUGUAGACUUGUCUGGCCGUAACGCCUUGGAAAUAUGCAUUGAGCACCAGCACGUGGGCCUCGUCGAAUAUCUCAUCCAAAUCGGCACCAGUAUGGAUCGACCGAAUCUGAUCAAAUCAGCCUGCGGAGGAGGGAAUCGUCAAAUCGUGAAACUUAUUCUCGACCACGGUGCACCCCUCCAGUGUGUAGGAAAUCAAGGAUCUCUCCUAGUCGCCGCGGCGAAAAGCAAGAACUGGGAGCUCAUGUCUUGGUUGAUGGAUCAAAAGGAUCUUCCAUACAGCUCCCGCGCUCUCUGCUUGGCCGUGACCUCAGGAAUAGGUGCCGAUCAGAGAAACGAAAUUCAUCUUGCCACACUACUGAGGAAAAGGCCCCAGAAUAAGACCGGUGAUAUCCUCGAAGGAUCAGCAUUAGCAUAUGCAGCCUUCUGGAACCAACAUUGGGUCACCAGUCGUCUACUGAAGUUUAGGCAUGCUGGAGAUUGCAUUCUACCCCUGGUUGAAGAUAUUGGCUAUUAUAUUCUUAUGGAGGGACCCUACCAGCUUAAGCGGAGUUACGAAACACAAAGACAGUAUUGGGAUGAUCCGAAUGCGAUUCGGUGUUCUGUCAUCCUUCCUUUUAUUCUAGCCAAUAAUUGGACGUCUGUCCGACGGUUGAUGGACGCAGGCUACCGACCAGACCGUCUAUCGUUGCUUGUAGCGACCAGGAGUCACCCUUUGCCAGAAAUUCAGCAUCUCACCUCUCACAUGCACAUAUUAGAUAUCAACAAAGGUUCACGUGGAAAGUUGGAGACACCGCUUCAAGCAGCUGUCAGAUCACGGCGCCGCGAUGUUGUUGACCACUUGCUUGAUCUAGGCGUCGACGUCAAUGCCUUACCAACCAGUCUAGCUCUCGGCUACGAAGAGGACGAUAGGUUGAUCCCUGCUCGCACUGCAUUACAGCACGCGGUCGCACUUAGGGAUCUACCAAUGGUAGACUUGCUUCUUGAUGCUGGCGCGGACGUAAAUGCCCCAGCGGCAAAGUUUAACGGUGCCACAGCACUACAGAUCGCGGCCGCAACCGGGCAGAUAGGUCUUGCCAGGAGGUUGAUUGCAUUAGGCGCUGAUAUUGAUGCUCCGGGGGCCGAAUACGGUGGGCGGACGGCACUGGAGGCGGCGGCAGAGAGAGGUCGGCUGGAUAUGGUGCAGUUCUUGUUAGAAUGUGGCGUGUGUUCAGACCAGUAUGAAACUGCCAUGGAUAUCGCGUUGGCUCAUGGGUAUAUGGCCACGGUGGAAACCAUCCAGGAAUGGAUGCCCAGCGAAGGUAGUGUGGAUGAAGACGGGGGAAUAUAG